CCAACCCCAGCGGCAGCAGCCCCAGCUCCAGCCAGCGCUCGGCUCCUGCACUCGGACGUCUCCAGGCGCCCCACUGCGGCUGCGGGCCUGGCUCUCUGUCGCCUGCGCUCGCCUCCCGGGAUUCUCCUCCGCCCUGCACCCUGGAGCGCCCGGUCGCCAGCCUCUGCCAGCUCCUCGGGAUCCUUGCGGCCGUGGGCAGCGGCUGUCGCGCCUGCCCCACUGUGGGAGCGCUCAGGAAGCCCCAGGAGUGUAAGAGCCAGAGAGGAUGGAGAACCCCGAGAAACCAUGUCCUCUAACUCCACAUGAUCAAAGCUCCAAUGAACUCAUAGAGAUGGAAGCAGCGUGCACAGGACUGCACGGGUCUGCACCAGGUCCUCUGUGACCAUCCUUGCUGCACUUGCGCAGUAACUCUGGCUGCACAGCGGAGCCCUCGGAUUACACGGGCACCCCCGCAACAUGGCAGACGAAGACCUCAUCUUCCGCCUGGAAGGUGUUGACGGUGGCGGGUCCUCCCGCACUGGCCACAAUGGGGACCCUGACACAGACAGUGACGAUGAUGAGGGCUACUUCAUCUGCCCCAUCACCGAUGACCACAUGUCCAACCAGAAUGUCAGCUCCAAAGUCCAGAGCUACUAUAACAACCUAAUGAGAACGGAGUGCGGCUCCACAGGGUCACCAGCUAGCUCCUUCCACUUCAAGGAAGCCUGGAAGCAUGCGAUUGAGAAGGCCAAGCACAUGCCCGACCCCUGGGCUGAAUUCCAUCUUGAGGACAUCGCCACAGAACAUGCUACUCGGCACAGGUACAAUGCUGUCACCGGGGAAUGGCUGAAAGACGAGGUUCUGAUCAAGAUGGCGUCUCAGCCCUUCGGCCGUGGAGCAAUGAGGGAGUGCUUCAGGACGAAGAAACUCUCCAACUUCUUGCAUGCCCAGCAAUGGAAGGGGGCCUCCAACUACGUGGCAAAGCGCUACAUCGAGCCAGUGGACAGGAGUGUGUACUUUGAGGAUGUGCAGCUCCAGAUGGAGGCGAAGCUCUGGGGGGAGGAGUACAACCGGCACAAGCCCCCCAAGCAGGUGGAUAUCAUGCAGAUGUGCAUUAUUGAGCUGACAGACAGACAAGGCCAACCCCUCUUCCACUUGGAGCACUACAUUGAGGGCAAGUACAUCAAGUAUAAUUCCAACUCAGGCUUUGUCCGUGAUGACAACAUCCGACUAACACCACAGGCCUUCAGCCAUUUCACAUUUGAGCGUUCUGGUCAUCAGCUGAUUGUAGUGGACAUCCAGGGUGUGGGUGAUCUUUAUACUGACCCACAGAUCCACACUGAGAAAGGCACUGACUUUGGAGAUGGUAACCUUGGUGUCCGGGGAAUGGCCCUCUUCUUCUAUUCUCAUGCCUGCAACCGUAUUUGCCAGAGCAUGGGCCUUGCGCCCUUUGACCUCUCCCCACGGGAGCAGGAUGCAGUGAAUCAGAGCACCAAGCUAUUGCAAUCAGCCAAGACCAUCCUGAGGGGGACAGAGGAGAAGUGUGGGAGCCCCCGCAUAAGGACACUCUCUGGCAGCCGGCCCCCCUUGCUCCUUCGCCUGUCAGAGAACUCCGGAGAUGAGAACAUGAGUGAUGUGACUUUUGACUCUCUGCCUUCCUCCCCGUCUUCAGCCACACCACACAGCCAGAAGUUGGACCACCUCCAUUGGCCAGUGUUUGGUGACCUCGAUAACAUGGGCCCUAGAGACCAUGACCGCAUGGACAAUCACCGGGACUCUGAGAAUAGUGGAGACAGUGGAUAUCCAAGUGAGAAGCGAAGUGACCUGGAUGAUCCUGAGCCCCGAGAACAUGGCCACUCCAACGGCAACCGAAGGCCUGAAUCUGAUGAGGAUAGCCUGGGCAGCUCUGGACGGGUCUGUGUGGAGACGUGGAACCUGCUCAACCCCUCCCGCCUGCACCUGCCGAGGCCCUCAGCUGUGGCCCUAGAAGUGCAAAGGUUAAAUGCUCUGGACCUUGGAAGGAAAAUCGGGAAGUCUGUUUUGGGGAAGGUCCAUCUGGCCAUGGUGCGUUACCACGAGGGCGGGCGCUUCUGCGAGAAGGAUGAGGAAUGGGAUCGAGAGUCAGCCAUCUUCCACCUGGAGCAUGCAGCUGACCUGGGAGAACUGGAGGCCAUCGUGGGCCUAGGCCUCAUGUACUCUCAGCUGCCCCACCACAUCCUGGCUGAUGUCUCUCUGAAGGAGACAGAAGAGAACAAGACAAAAGGCUUUGAUUACUUACUGAAGGCGGCAGAAGCUGGUGACAGGCAGUCCAUGAUCUUAGUGGCCCGAGCUUUUGACACUGGCCUGAACCUCAGCCCAGACAGGUGUCCAGACUGGUCAGAAGCCCUGCACUGGUACAGCAGGGCCCUGGAGAUGACGGACUGCGAUGAAGGCGGGGAGUAUGACGGGAUACAGGACGAGCCCCAGUAUGCACUGCUGGCCAGGGAAGCAGAGAUGCUGCUCACCGGGGGAUUUGGACUGGACAAGAACCCCCAAAGAUCAGGAGACUUGUAUACCCAGGCGGCCGAGGCAGCCAUGGAAGCCAUGAAGGGCAGGCUAGCCAACCAGUACUAUGAGAAGGCGGAAGAGGCCUGGGCCCAGAUGGAGGAAUAAUCGUCCCACAGGAUCACUGCCAAGGAGAAGGGCUGGGGAGGGAGGAUGGGACUCAUUUCUUUUGGGAGGGGAAAGUAGUUUUACUAUCAUAAAUUCACUUUUAUAUUCUA